AAUCACCCGAUCAGGUGCCCGUCUGCAUGUUCAAAGGUAGAUCCUGUAUUUAACUGGCGCUGCUUCCUAGUAAAAAUCUCGACAAAAUGUAAUAUAGUGAUUUUAAAUUCAGCUAUUCAGAUCUGAUGUAAUAGAUAAUGGCAGAUUCAUCAGAUGUGAUUGAGAGGACUGAUCCUGGGAAUGGAGAUGUAAUGGAGAAGAAUGAUUCUGGCAUUGGAGAUGUUCCACAGGAUGGAGAAGAGGAGAAACAACAUUUUAGUUCUGUGGCAUCAACAUACUUUGACCAGAAAAUCCCAAUACCUGAUGUUCCUCAGACACGUUUUAGCUUUAGAAAGUUAUGGGCUUUCACAGGACCUGGUUUCCUAAUGAGUAUAGCAUAUCUUGACCCUGGAAAUAUAGAAUCAGAUUUACAAGCUGGUUCUGUUGCUAGAUUUAAACUUUUAUGGGUGCUGAUGUCUGCUACAUUUCUGGGAUUGUUGAUGCAACGACUUUCUGCCAGAUUAGGAGUUGUGACAGGCUUUCACUUGGCAGAAAUUUGCUAUAAAAAAUAUGCUAAAGUUCCUCGUAUUAUCUUAUGGGUAAUGAUAGAGAUAGCUAUUAUAGGUUCUGAUAUGCAAGAAGUUAUAGGAACAGCCAUUGCAUUUUAUUUACUGUCUAAUGGAAAAAUACCAUUGUAUGCUGGUGUAUUGAUCACAAUUUUUGACACUUUUACAUUCCUGUUUUUGGACAAAUUUGGAUUACGUAAAUUAGAAUUUUUCUUCACAUUCCUCAUUACAGUGAUGGCAGUAACUUUUGGUUAUGAGUAUGUGGUGGUUGCUCCAGACCAGCCUGCACUAUUAAAGGGACUUUUUGUACCCGGCUGUGCAGAUUGUGGACCUAAACAAAUAUUACAAGCUGUAGGGAUCAUUGGUGCUAUAAUCAUGCCACAUAAUAUAUACCUUCAUUCUGCUCUUGUCAAGUCUAGAGAUGUAGAUAGGACGAAGAAAGAAGAAGUGAGUGAAGCCAACAAAUAUUUCUUUAUAGAAGCUGCCAUCGCCUUACUUGUCUCAUUCAUCAUUAAUGUCUUUGUUACGUCGGUUUUUGCUGAAGGAUUCUAUGGCCGCCGUCCUGAAGAUAUAUACAAUAAAUGUUUAGAAGAAGGGAAUCCUUAUGCAUAUUUAUUUAAUGUAACAGAGGUCCAAGUUGAUAUUUAUAGAGGGGGUGUGUUUUUAGGAUGUCAGUUUGGGAUAGCAGCAAUGUAUAUAUGGGCAGUAGGAAUUUUAGCAGCAGGUCAAAGUUCUACUAUGACAGGAACCUACACAGGACAGUUUGUUAUGGAGGGUUUCCUAAAUUUAAAAUGGAAAAGAUGGCAGAGAGUUUUAUUGACUAGAAGUAUCGCCAUUGCUCCAACGAUAUUUAUAUCUAUAUACGAGGGUAUAGAACAGUUAAGUGGUAUGAAUGAUCUCCUCAACGUACUGAUGAGUCUACAGUUACCGUUCGCACUGAUACCAAUUCUAGCUUUCACAAGCUCUUCAAAUAUCAUGGGAGAUUUUAAAAAUGGGAUAGUAAUGAAGAUAAUAUCUGGUGUUUUGGCAUUAGUUGUGAUAGGAAUAAAUAUGUAUUUUGUGGCAGUGUAUAUACAAGAGUUACCGCACCAUUGGGCUAUAUACCUUGGUGUAGCUGUACUUAUACUCCUCUAUUUUGGAUUUGUUUUGUAUCUGGUAUGGCAUUGUUUUGUUACCAUGGAAAUAGAAAUAUUUUCUAGAAUACCGCUACUACGCAGAUUUUAUCCACGAUACCAACUCCUUCUCUCGGAAUCUAGCUCAGAUCUACAAUAUUCUACAUUCUGAUAUUUGCUAUGAUACUUUAUUAUUAUGAGAAGAUACAAGGAAGAUACCAGUACUCUACUUGUGAUAACAGUGUGUUUGAAUAGUUCUAAGAUCGAUGGCUUUACUUUUGAAUUUGUCAUUUUGUCUGAUACAUCUGUUGAAAGAAAAGAUGUUUUAAAGAUCCAAGAAAAUACAAAUGUUUUAUUUUGUGAUAUUUUCUAUGACCUUACAAUAAGAUGACCGUCAGAUAAUCCAAAGACCCAAAGAUGAUAUUUUACGUGUGAUAUUUCUAUGGCAUUAUGUACAACAAGAUGACUAUUUGAAGUUCUAAAGAUGAUGUGUUGGAUAUUAUAUUUCUCUGUUAUUACAAUAAGUUGACCUUUGGAAGAUCUGAAGGUCAAAAGAAGUUUUCAGCAUUGUUCAGCAACUGAGAAAAAAAAAGAAAAAACAUGGCUUUAAAAAAUGGACGCCAAUUAGACAUUUGAUGUUUGGAACAUUAGUUUACAAUUGUUCAUUGAUUUUUUUAACUCUAGAUAAGAAAUAUGAUUUUUGUUUGAAAGCACGCUUUUGUGAUAUUAUAUGUUGACAUGACGAUGAUAAAACUCAAAGAAGAAAUGUUUAAUGUACAUGUAACAAGCAUUCUCAAGUUAAUUUAUUUACAAAAUGUACUAAAGUAGUUCUUUUGAGAUUUUUUUCCCACAAAAUAUCGAGAUUUAUUAUGUAAACUUUGAAUUGGGCAUUAGAAAUAUGUAGGGUACAGAUAAUUGUAGAACCACUCUUUAUUGAUUUUUUGGGACAAAGUGAACAACUGACAGCAAAAUUAUGACCAAUAAUAAACCAAAAAACUUAGACUAUUCAUCAUAAUUCAAAAUGUGGUUUGUUUAAAUCAAACCAUAAAUUGCGACAAAUAUUUUUCUGAAAAAUUGUGUUCUAAUACAUAAAUACAUAAAUACAACUAUGAUAUUUUUCUGAGAUAUGCAUGAUUUAUAUGUAUCUAUUUAUACUUUUGAUGGAUACCAGUUUUACUUAUAUUGUGCCAUUUGUUAUAGAUAAUUAAAGGAUGAUAUCAAGAUAGUAAUGUUAUGAUAUUUAUAUAUUAUAUUUAUUACAAUGUAAUGUAAUGCAAUGAUAUUUAUACAUAUAUUAUUUAUAUUAAAAUAACUUUUAUUAGAUUGAUAAAUUUAUAUUGAAAAGUACAAAUACUUUAUCAGCUGAACAGGUUUUAGAUAUUUUUUCCAGCCUGAAAUCAGCAGUGGAAAAUAAUAUUUCGGGAAAAAAAAUGAUUGUUAUUCUAUGCACAUAUUAUAAAGCAAAUCUAUAUAAUAACACAAUGUGAGUUCUAUAAAAUGAAUUUAUCUGUUAUUAUUUUCUUGAACUUAUUGAUAUCAACAUUAGAGGGAAAGAUCUCUUCUUUGUGGCAUUUGUUUUGAUACUUUCAGCAGGGUAUACUAUUUUGCAGAGUACACCUAUUGUUAUUAAGAAUUAUUGUAAGAGUAGUUGUUAUGGAAUUAGAUGCUAAGUUACUAGUUUAAACAAGUGGUUAACUUUCACUGUGUAUUAUAUUAAUGAUAUUUGUAUUUAAAAUAUUUUCAUAGACUAAGUGCAAUACACAUAUAUAGACACCUUUAAUAGACAUAUUUACAUAGUUUCAUGCUUUGUUUUGUAAAUGUAUACUUAUUAGAUCUGCUUUUUUGUAUUGACAUAUUUUUGACAGCUUGUGCAUUUUUUUUGCAUUUAAAAAUUUAUACAUUUAUGUAAUAAUUUGUUAUCAUUUUCAUUUGACUGGAAAUUAGUUUUAUUCUCUAAGAUAUAAAAUAUUUGUAUCUUCAGCUUAAAUUGUACAAGCUUAAUGGUUUCAACGUUUUUAUUUUUAUAUUCCCCUUUUAAAUUAAAGAUAUCUAGAGGCUUCCAACCUGAUUAGACCCGAAUGUGAUAUCUGUGAUGGAUGUCUAUUAGUUCUGAAUUUGCAAAAAAUAGAGAUUUUUGUGAAAGUUAACAAAAUCAUUUUUAGAGUCAACCCAAUUUAGGCCCCAAAACCUAUAGCACAGGGUUUAACAAACUAAGUAUUAAAGGAAAUUUGUUAUAACAAACACAAAAUUAAAAGCUCUUUCUUGUCAACACAUAUGUUUUCAGUCCAUAAACCCAAAGGAAAUUGAACAUUUUUUCAUUGAAUGUCAGGGAAAAUCAAAUUCUGAAUGUAAAUUGUGAUUGACUUAUUACGGAACCUAUAUAAAAUAUGGCUAUUAUCCAUUGUGGUAAUGGUAAUUAAAUUUUAAGUUUUAAUUUUUAUCUGAAAAUAACUAAUUUUUGGCUUUAUUGAACCUACUUCUUUUAGCCUUUGAUUUUUUUGCCCCCACAUAGGGGCAUUAUGUUUUUCGGUCUGUGGGUCUAUUCAUACGUUUGUUCAUUUGUCUGUUCAUCAUUCCAUCUGUCCUGUUUCAGGUUAAAGCUUUUUUUUAAAUUGUGCUCAUGUAUGUUUGUAGGUAAAGUAAGUCGUCUUUAAUGUGAAUUUUUCUUUUUGCUGAAUGUGUUGGAUGUAAAGUUUAACUUUUGGAUGAUUUACUGAAACUCAUGAGGAAUAUGGAAAGCAAUAAUGUAGACAAUAUGGUCCAAGACCACAAUUGUCGUCCCUUGAUUUUCGUUGUUCACGAAUAUAGUCCCUAGUGUUAACAGUGGGUUACUUGCCAUUAAUUUUUAUACCGCUUCAAAAUUUAUUUCUCCAUGUUUAAUGCCUCAAAUUGUAAGUAGGGGGGUGAAAUUACACUGUAAAAAAUUUGGGUCCAGAAUUUUACAGGAAAGUAGUGAUUUGGUCCAGCUGAAAAAGGUUAAAAAUUAGCACUUCGGAAGCUGUCAAAAGAUUUCAAGACACCCUAAACACAAAAUUGUCCAUAUUUUGAGUUAGAGGCGAUGAAGUUUUCUAUAAUUUUGAUAUAAUUUGUCCCAAAAGUAGUCCAACACACUGUGAAAAUUUCAUUGAGAAAGCGCAGGUGGGAUUUUUUUAAUUUUCAUUUAUGUUCUAAAAGAAAUGCACUACAAAUUAAUUGUGUUCUCGGACCAUAUAAUAAAUGAAUAUUAACUGAUUUAAAAUUAAAGGUUAUUUCACAUUUAAUGUUGAAUUAUCAUAUCAUAUACAUGUACUCAUAUAUUGUUGUCUUAUUUCUUAGACUGUUAGAGUGUUACCUUCAUUAACAGAUUAUGUGAAAUUCUACUGGUGAUGCCAAAAUAAAAGUCUUUCAUUGCUA